AAAUCCAUUUAAUUCUUCUAACUGCAACCUAAUCCGGACUUCCCGUAGGAUUGUUUCAUUAUUCUCGGAUACUGUUGAAGGUGUGAUUGAAAUUUUGUGGGAACAUAAUAAUGUCCAACGACAACAGCAACGUCAACGCAUCCGAUGAUGAAUGUCCCAUCUAUUUCGGGACACCGACCAUCAAGGAAGUAAAGGAGUAUCUACGGAGAUUGCAGAAAAUGCCGUUAGAACAGCAGGAGAUUGAUCCGGACACUUCGGAUGAGUCCUCUUUCGAAAUCGACGACAGUUUCCAAACGAUGAUCGAUCAGAAGCGGAAGCAAAUGAUGGAAUCCCGGCUCGUUGAAGAUGUUUCUGCGGAAGAGGUUUCUGCAUCAUCGCGUUUCUCUGGAAGUGGAGAUGCGGGCAGUGCCAAGUUCCCUGGGAAUGAUUCCACCUUUAUUGAACACGAUUCGAUGCGUAAAACAACGGAUGAAAGUUUUGAAGAAAUGGAACGACUCUGCUCGAUGAAUCUUAGCAAGUUGGGAAUUUCGACGCAACGCUGCGAUGAAGACGAAGAAGCUAUUCGAAGAAUUUUGGAAAGCAGUUCAAAGAAUAAACCGAAAGGAGUGGAUUCGAAUGAAGUACAGAAAGCUUCUAACGACGUUACGAUGGGACUGGGAGAUAUAACGCAGUUGGACGAUGUCGAAGAGCCUUCGUGUUUGUGGGAAAAUACGAUGGUCCAGUGUGCUCCAGGCAAGGCACUUUCCCCGGUAAAACGUAUGCGCAUGCUGCGUCCAUCGACGAUUAUUGAAGAAGCCACUAUCAACGAAACAACUACUGCUAGUGCCAACUCGAAGAACACUUCCCUCGAGAGCUACAUCACUACGAAGCCAAACCUGAACGGGAGCGAUGACUGUUCAAUUGAGACCGGAAGCGAGGUAUACCGUACGGCAGAUGAUGGGACCUAUGACCAUAGUAAACAAUCGACCGUGAACAGUACUACCGAUUCGGUUUUUGGUUUCGAUGCUACAACAGUAGAGAAGACUAGCAUUGAAGCUAGAGAUGAGUCGAUUGAUGUUGAGGAACAGGUUGUAGAAGACGAUGAUGAUGUUAUUGUGCUGAGUUCGAGUGACAGCGAAGCUGAGAAUGAAGACAAUUCUGGAGAUUAUCUACUGGCUGACAGUGCAAGGAUGGAUACUGGUAGUCUGUUCAAUAACAGUGAUAGCUUGCAAGAUGAUCCUCUCUGUCAGGAAGAUAGUAUUGAUCGUGAAGAAGUUGGAUCACCGUUACUGGAUGCCAUACCGGAUCAUUUUAAUGAUACGAUGGAGGAGAUGGAAUUCAUGAUGCGCCAGGGAAUGAAAAUUCUCCAACAGCAGAAAGCACAGCAACAAUCGAUCUCCGAACAGCCGAAGGAAACAACAGGAAGCAUGAAGAAAACUAUGGUAGCCUCUCACACAACUCCGGUAACCCCCAUCAGUCCGAAUCGGUACCUAAAAGCGAGCCAACAUACUUCUGUCAGUGCUAAACAAACCCUCUUCUCAUACAGCGCAAGCAAUUCUAAUUCCGCUAAGAAGCCAACUGCUGCACCCUCCGCCGGACCUAGUAGUUGUGGAACGUUCAAAAAACCAGUCAGUCGAUUUCCGUUGCCUAAAUCGGCUAAAAAAUUUGAUCACAUCGUUUCUCCCAUCGGCGAAUACAUCAAGAAGACUCCAAAAACGACACUUCAAGCUCGAAUCUUCUGCGCCAACCAUAAUCUGAUCGAUGUGCUUCAUAGCAAGAACGACAACCGGGACAGCGUGAUGAGUUCCAAGGAUAAUUUGAUGCAGCAGGAAGUUGACUCUACAACGUACAGUUCGUCACUUCCUCGGAAGGGUGUGGUAUGUUCCCGCGGUGCUCACGUCCUCGAUGAACGCAAUCCGGUGCGGAUUCCGGGUGGCGAAAAAAUGCACAAAUUGCUCAACAACUCCCCCACAAUGGUCGUUCGGCACGAAGGAAGACUGAGGUAUCAACGAGAAACGCUACUAACGGAGGACAGCGUCGAGAAUGACAGUAUGGCUGAUUUAUCGCUUGCAUCGGGCGACAUUUCGGUGCGGGUUCUCAAAGAUGUCAGGCGGUUCUAGUUGAGGUAGGUCGUAAAGGCUCUGAAGAUGAUAUUUUGCUCGUGUUCGUUUUGGAUUUUAGUUUUUAGAAUUCUCU